AUGGUGGUUAACAAAAAUUUGUGGCUGGUGGGAGUCAGUUUGAGUGUUGGCCGGCAUAGAUUUAAUAUCAUAAAUGUUUACCACUCCCCAAACUCAAAUAGUGCUUUUUUGGAUAAAUUGGAGGAAGUUCUCAAUAAUUAUGCCAUAAAAUCGGAAUCAUUUAUUUUAAUUGGAGACCUAAACAUAAAUCUAGCAAAGGAAACAUACUAUUCAAAAAAACUGAACAAUAUAAUAGAAAGAAGUGGAUUGUCCCAAAUUGUACAAAAUUUUACAAGAAUUACUCCAACUAGUGCUACAAUAAUUGAUCUUAUAAUAACAAAUGAUAAAGAAGUUAACCAUCAGAUACAUCUUACACCAAAAAUAGCGGAUCAUUCAAUACUUACUGUGAACCUUCCUUCUACAGAACUUGGACAAAAUAAAGAAAUUUAUAGAGAUAUGAGGAACUUUAAUGAGCUAGAAUUCCAGUUAGAUCUUAUGGAUAUGGCGUGGCCGGAUGGUAAUGGAAAUAUUGACAUAAUGGCGAAUUGUUUGGUGAAGGGCAUAAUGGAAAAUUUAAAUAAACAUGCUCCACUCAAAGAAAGAAUAACUACCAAUAAAUGGGGUAAUAAAAAAUGGUGGACUCCAGAAAUAAAAAUGGAAAUCACGGAACGUGAUAGAUUUUACAAAAGAGCAAUAAUAACGGGAGAUGUAGAAGAUUGGACUAAGUUUAAACAAAAAAGAAAUGCCGUUGUUCAAAUAAUAAAAGAUAGGAAGCAGGCAUACUAUCAUGAAAAGAUUGAUGAAUGUAAGGGGGAUUCUAAGGAAAUGUGGAGAAGUUUAAAAAGUAUUAUUUCAAAUAAAAAUAAAAGUAAAAACAAUAAAGAGAGUAUAGAUUUCCUCAUGAAAAACGUGGGAGGAGGAAUAGAAGACAUUGAAGAUAUAUUAGAAAAUAUAGAGAGUCCAAAAAAACAUUUUGAAAGUUUCCAAAUACAAACAUUUACAGAGCUGAAGAGUGUUGUCGGAGAAGUCAUUAAUACCAGUUUAGAAAAAGGUUGCUUCCCCAAAGAGUGGAAAACAUCAAUGAUAAUACCAAUAGAAAAAGUUAAUAAUACCAACAAGUGUGAUGAGUUUCGUCCAAUCAAUAUGGUGUCUACAUGUGAAAAACUUUUAGAAACAGUGGUGAGUGAUCAAAUGAGAAAAUUUGUGGAAGAAAUAAAAUCCUUACUCCAGUUCAAGCUGGGUUUAGAAAGAAACAUUCCUGUGAAAGUGCUCUACAAUCAGUAA